AUGUAUCUCAGUUUUAAGCAGAUGUCCUGUGUUCUGCUUCUGUUGUCGGUGUCUGUGAUAGACUGUGACACCAACAAAACAUUGUUCCUAGAAAAACUGAAGACUCAAAUCAUUACACGACAAAACAUCGGCAUCAGAGAGAUCGACAUCCUCAAUGGCGAGAACAGCUACUUCAACAUUACCAUAGACUUUAUCCCCGUGGCCAUCAUUGGCUUAAGCGAGGCCAAUCAGGUAUUCUCAUUCUCCAGCAUCAUCGUAGCCGGGUGGGAGGACAAAGCAGCUGCUUGGAUUCCGUCAGACUUCGACGACAUCGUUGUCGUGUCUCUCAGAACUGACCUCAUGUGGACGCCAACAAUCUCCGCCACCAACUCCGUCGAGAGGUUAGCCACACCAAUGAAGGAGGAGGCAAUAAUAUUCGCCAACGGUUUCAUCAACACCUUCUACGCCGACACCUUCCAGACGAGUUGUCACAUCAACACCCAUUUCUUCCCGUUCGACCAGCAGACGUGCGACGUACUGCUGUUUCCUAACGGACCAUACUACUUCUUCGCCUUGCAUGCAGAUAUCACUGAGUCAGAGUUCUUCUUCAGCAGCAACGAGUGGCAGCUGGUGGACGUGACGAUGGAAAACAGGAGCUACACACAGACGCUGAUGAUGCGGGAUGUUCACAUACACACCGUGGCGAUCCGCUUCAAGCUGAAACGGUACAGCUCCUUCUACGUCAUCAGUAUCCUCGCUCCCAUUGGUCUGUUGUCUGUGAUGAACGCAUGCGUGUUCCUCCUUCCGGCAGAGACCGGGGAGAAGAUCUCCUUCCUCGUAUCCAUCUUCGUCUCGUACGCCAUGUUCCUCAACUUCAUAUUCACCGUCAUGCCCAAGUCGGAUUCUCUGUCCAGAUUAACCCUCUACCUGAUGCUGAUCGUGUCGCAGAGUGCCCUGUCCAUCGCCGUCACCGUCUACCUGCUGAACGUGUAUCACACUUCUGGAAAUUCGACCGCGUCUCGGGAAGGCUACAAAAAGAAGAUCCGUCCUUUGGACCUGGGAGUAGCAGCAGUUGACGGAGGGAAACAAGUUGCUGCUGCUGCUGCAGAUGGAGAAAUGUCAGACGAGAAGACGUCCAUCAAGAGUCAGGAUCGAUUCAUGUUCUUUGUGUUUCUGUCGACGGCUUUGGUGUCGCUUUUGGUGUUUGUCGACGUUUAG